UGUAUAUAAUAUGGAACCUCUUUUGAACACGAACAUAUUUUUAAAUAUCCAGCAUAUAAAGAAUCUGUGUGUUUAUAUGUGAAAAUAAAACUAACAUGAAAAACAUUUUUUUUUAAAUAAAUUUGACGUGCCAAUGGAUUGAAACAAUGUACGAAAAAAAUCAUGUGUUUUGGUAUUGUGCGUUUCUGCUCGUCGCAUCAUCUUCGCAAGACUUGACAAAUGACAACAAAGAAAAUGAUUCGACAGUGCUAUAUGAAGUAGAUAUAAAUUCUAUGAAAAAUUUGGACGACGACAUUACAACAAUGCAAUAUAUUUUGCGCAAAAUUUCUACUAAAGAUAUCCAAUAUGACGAUAUGCAAAAUGAAUCCAGCACUAUGAGUAAUUAUUGGCAGAAUGAUAAUUCAAAAUUGCGGAAUGAACUUACAACGCAUUUUAUAGAAAAUCAUUGGAAUGAGAAUCAAAUAUUGAUGGAGUCUCAACAGAGCACACAUAUAACUGAGAUCAACGAUAAGAAAAACUUCACUACACAGGAAAUCCACGAAAACGGGAUGAAAAUUGAAGACAACAAUAGUUCUACGUCCCACGAUAUUUUAAAAAAUUUUAAUACAAAUAAUAAAAAUAAUUUUGUUCCACAUGAGAUGUGCGGCAAUAUUAUCUGCAUUCAACUAUGCUGUCCUAUCGGCGAACAUCUGAAUCUUAAUGAAAAUUGCAUUGCUGAAGAAAAUGAAUAUAUUUUCUCGAAUCUGAACAGACAUAUAAACAAUUUGUUGCAAAAUAAAAAUAAAAGGAUGGAUAGACUUUUUCACUGGACCAUUCGCAAACCAUAUGAUGAAACUGAAUUCAUUGGUUUGGGUUAUUUAGACUAUAAUGCGACAUGCUUUAGCCUGUUAUUUUGUUAUUUGGCCACUUGUUUUUGGUUAACUGUGAUGAGUUUUGACAUGUGGUGGACAUUUAGAGAUUUUAAUUCGUUACAAAGAAGCGGGAAACAACAAGAAAGAAAGAAAAUGAUCUUGUAUUCCUUGUACGCGUGGGGAAGUUCCUUCAUUUGUACUAUAAUCUGUGUUAUCAUAAAUUUCAUUCCUUGCGUGUCGGAAUACUUGAUUCCGCCAAAACUUGGUAUAUUGAAUUGUUGGUUUAAUGAAGAGGGAGCAGAAUUAAUAUAUUACUGGCCACCCAUACUUAUCUGUGUUUUUAGUAGCAUCUGCUUAUUUAUCAUUACAGCGUUGAAGAUUACGCGCUAUGAGAAGGAUACAGCUCAGCAAAUGAAAGACUCGGAAAGUCGACUUUAUCAUAAAAAUAAAAAAUGGUUUAAAUUGUACUUCAAGUUGUUUGUCAUAGUGUUUAUUAUGGUUGGAGUAACGUGGAUUAUGGCGAUAUUAUUUUGGAAGUUUGGAAUAAAAAUAUGGCAUCAGUUUCUUAUCUAUUCAAUGGACAUGAUGCAAAGCUUUGGUAUAUUUAUCGUAUUUGUGUGUAAGAAGACGAUCAAACAGCAAUUGUUGAAGCAAUUCGGCUGUCAAAAUUGUAGUGUGUUUCCAAAGAUUAAACGGCCUGCAGCUGUUACAAAACAUACUAACACUACUACAUUAGGAACAACUUCCUUGUAAAAGAAGUUAACACAUUUAAACAACAAAUCGUGCGAAAAAUGUGUCUGAUCAGAUAGAGACAGACCAUUAAUUUGAAUUUUACAAAUGCGUAGAAAUGCAACUAUUCAAACGUUCUGUAAGCAAUUUAUGUAUGUAAAGAAUAAAUCGAACGAAAUUGUUUGUCAAA